AUGUUCCUGUUGCGAAGCAGUGCCGUAGUGAUUCUGGCGGUCGCGAUCGCUGUAGCGGCGGCGUCGAACACUAAGGAAGAACAGCAGAUGGUGAAUCUGAUCAACGAAAUCGACCAGCAGGAAAGCUUCCCGCUGUUCGGUGGGCUGAGUGUAGAACGCGUCGAAGGUGCCCGCUCGUUUGGUGGAGACGUUAGCGAAGAUUUGGCUGAACGUGCCGUGCGAUAUCUGAACACGCACAGUGUGAAGUUCAACGUGCCGGAAGAGGAGGGUGAGGGUCGUCGGAUGGAAGGUGAGGAAACGGGGAUGGAUAGUGAUAGGGUGUAA